AUGUCGGACGAACAAGUGGAACCUAUAGUUUUAAAGAAUUUAGGUAAAGAUACAUUCAAUCAUGAGGACUCUUUCCGAAGUCUGUUUCCUUCGACAACUUCUAUCGAGCAGUUGAAAUCGAUUCGAGGGAAUUUACUGAAGCAAUUAAAGCAAUCACAAGAUGAUUUGGGAUCUCUUAAGAACGGAUAUAAUGAAUCCAAUAACAACUUACUGGUUCAGAAAAAUGAUUUCAACAUUGCUGCUAAAGAAGUUGUUGGGAAACUUCAAUGUUUACAAUUGACAGCUGAAGAUACUCAAUCAUCAAUCGUGCAACUUACCUCGGAAAUUAAGAGUUUAGAUCUUGCCAAAAAGAAUCUUACUUCGUCCAUGACUUUACUGAAACGUCUGCAGAUGCUUGUGACAGCUUACGAAAAACUGCGGACCCUCAGACAAAACAGGCAGAUCGGAGAAGCUACUUCGUUAAUGCUAGCUACGUUGCAGCUAUUACAGUUCUUUAAAAAUUACAGAAGUGUUGAAAGGAUUGCUUCAUUAAGCCAAAGCAUCACAGAGUUUCAACGAUCAUUUUAUGAACAAGUGUUUGAAAAUUUUCAAUUACAAUUCAAGAAAGCUACUAGCGUACGAGGAGGUUUUAAUACUGCUUCAAUAGAAACUCUACAUGAACUGUGCGGCUUCAUUGAUGUUAACGGAAAGAAUUGUUCAAAUGCAUUAAAGGAUUGGUAUUGCCAUCAUCAGUUGGAUGGAUUUCUCAAAAUAUUUCGGGAAAAUGAAGAAGCUGCUUUAUUAGAAAAUUUCUCGAGAAGAUAUGACUGGUUUUUUAAAUUACUUCAGACUUAUGAUGAUCAACAUGCCCAUAUCUUUCCACCUCAUUGGAGAAUGGAUUUCCAACUGUGUUUGUACUUUUGCAAUGAAACGAAAGCAGAUUUAUCCAAGAUAUUGAAAGGAAAGGAAAUUUCUUAUCAAGUAUUUUUCACUUCCAUUCGUCAUACGUUGGAUUUCCAAAAUGUGUUAAGAAAGCGAUUUUCUCGACUUCUUAACGAGAAUGGCUUGGAAGAAAGUUUCAAGCUCCAAACCGUUCAUAUGUUUGAAUCUCUUUCCAACGAAUUCAAUCCUUACUACAAAGUUUAUAUCGAUCAUGAAGCUAAGCAGUUGGAAGCACUCUUUAAUUCUUUUCCGUCGAAAGCCGAAACCUCAUCCGAAGAAACUAACCAAAUACUCUCUUCCUCCAUGCAACUUUUCCAACUUUAUCGCAAGAUUAUGGGUCAUUUUCUUCAAUUUACUAGAGGCCCACCUCUUAUAGGAUUAAAAGAUCUAUUUGGUAAUUGGUUAAAGAGAUAUACCGAAACAGAACUUCUUGCCGACUUGCAUUCACUUUCUUUCUCACAGUAUGCAAUUCAUUUGAAUACUGCCGAGUAUAUUCAUCGCACAACAUUGGAGCUUGAAAAGCGAUUUCGAGAAGUAUGUCAUGCGGACUUGGUGGAGCAAAUGUCCUUUCAAAAAGUGAUCGACAAUAUGUUACACUCUAAAAGCCUGUUGAUAAAGUCCUGCACAAAGAAGUUUGAAGAUUCGAUAAAAACCAGUUUAGAACCUUUUGGGAAAAUGGAUUUUAGGAAUUUGGAUAGUGUGGGUGAUCAGAGUACAUAUGUAUCAAAAGCUAUUCAUCAAAUGAAACUGAAUGCGGAUGAAUUUCUGGGAAUGAUUGAACAGAAUACGCUGGCGCGCAAUUUUUGUGAUCGGGUUUGCGAGUCUUUCACCAGACAGUUUUUCUACUAUAUAUACACGAUUAAACCAGUAUCUGAGAUUGGCGCAGAGCAAAUUUUGCUUGAUUUAUGUUCAUUCAAGAAUUUCUUAUUGAAGAUGCCCAGUAGCAAGCCGGAUUAUACGAUUACCGAUAGCUAUAUCAACCACUUGACAGUUUUCGUGGGAUACAUCGAAACACUACUUAAAACUUUAUUGACUCCUUCCCUUCCUAAAGAAGGAAUUAUUCAGAGCUACCUCUUCUUGAUCAAAGACCGCUCGGUGUCAAACUUUACCAUAAUAUUAGACUUAAAAGGAGUAUCUAAAAGCGAGCAGUCUAGCUAUCUUCAGUUAUUCUCUUCUUUCGUCACAAAAAAGAACGAUCUUAUCGAUAGUUCUCCCAUUUUUCUGUAUUUAAGCCCAUCAACCUAUACCGAUUUGAACUCACGGUCUCGUUUAUCACUCGAUUUAACACCUGAAGCAAGCAGUCGUACUUUGCAGAAUCUUGGACGACUCUUUACUUCCAAGAAAAAAUAUGGUUAA